GCGGCAGCGACAUGGCGGAGCCGCCAGUGAACGAGCCCCAACGGCCUCGCGGCGAGCGCGGGCUGCGCCGCCACCGCCCCCUGGCGGCAGCUCGGGGGUGCGGCGUCCGCACCCCUGCUUCCUUCCUUCCUUCCCUCCUUCUUCCCUUGCUUCCUUCCUUCAGUGCCUGCUUCCCUCCUCCCUUCACGGCCAGCAUGUUCAUUCCGUGCGACCGCGGCGGGGGCUCGGCCGCCCCCGACUUUAAAGGCUUCACCCUGCUCAUGCCAGCAGUGUCCGUUGGGAAUGUCGGUCAGUUGGCAAUAGAUCUGGUGAUUUCCACACUUAACAUGACUAAAGUUGGUUACUUCUACACCGAUUGCCUGGUGCCAAUGGUUGGAAAUAACCCAUAUGCAACAGCAGAGGAAAACUCAGUGGAGCUGAGUAUAAAUGCUGAAGUGUACUCCUUACCUUCAAAGAAGCUUGUAGUUCUGCAGAUCAGAUCACCUUUUAUAAAGAACAAGUACAGGCCAUUCUGUGAAACCCUGCUCUCUUGGGUGAAAAGCAGCAAAUGUGCCAUGGUUGUCCUUCUGUCCAGCAGCCAUGCGUACCAGCGCGAUGAUGAGCAGCUUCUGGGGACACCACUGCGCUACCUGCUCACACCCGAUCUGGAGAAAGCAGUUGGAGGCCGCAUGAAGGAGCUAAACUGGAAAGAAAUGGAAAAAGUAGCAGCUUAUCCUGGUAUAAAUGAUACAGACAAAGUUCUGCAUAUACCUGGAGGUGGCAUCACAAAACUAUUGUUUACUGAGAGCUGUUCAGAGGGAAUCCAAAUGGCAGUUCUUCUGAAAUUUUGCUCAGAAGGAGACAACAUCCCUGAUGCAUUUGUUCUUGUUAACUAUCUUAAUGAAUGGCUCCAGCUAAUUAAAAGUGAAAGCAACGAUUCCACAGAUCCUUCUUCACAGUGGAAGAUACCGAGUUCCUGGCGCCUGCUUUUUGGCAAUGGUCUCCCACCUGCCCUUUUCUGAUCAGCUCUGAGCUCACUGUGAGUCACGUGUGCAGUCACAGAUGUCCCUUGAGCUGGUGAUUACAGUAAUUGCCAAGGAACAGCAGCUUGCUUUGGUGUCUGUCUACAUAAAUGCUUUAGUUAAGAAAAAUUCCUUUUGUGUAUGUGGGUAGCUAAAGAAAUUAAGGUAACUUUCACAAACUCACCAAAGAAAUAUGUUUUGUACAGUUGUUUAUUGAGUAACUUUGGUUGGAAGUUUUUUCUAAUAAAAUAUUUUUUAAGAAA